AUGGCUUCUGCGGGGAACCUGGAUGCUCCAGAGCGCGGACACCCGCGGCCCUUCCUGAUUGGGGUGAGCGGGGGCACCGCCAGCGGCAAGUCAACAGUAUGUGAGAAGAUCAUGGAGCUCCUGGGCCAGAACGAGGUGGACCACAGACAGAGGAAGGUUGUUAUUUUAAGCCAGGACAGGUUCUACAAGGUACUGACCCCUGAACAGAAAGCCCGGGCCCUCAAGGGCCAGUACAACUUUGAUCACCCCGAUGCGUUUGAUAAUGAUUUGAUGUACAAAACUCUCACAAGCAUUCUAGAGGGACAAAUAGUGAGCGUGCCCACAUAUGACUUUGUCACUCAUUCAAGAUUAUCAGAGACCACAAGAGUGUACCCUCCUGAUGUGUUGCUGUUCGAGGGCAUUUUGGCUUUCUACAACCAAGAGAUCCGAGACAUGUUCCACCUUAAGCUGUUUGUAGACACAGACUCAGAUGUCCGGCUCUCCCGCAGAGUCCUGCGUGAUAUGAAGAGAGGACGAGACCUGGAGCAGAUUCUUUCCCAGUAUACCACCUUUGUGAAGCCGGCAUUUGAAGAGUUUUCUCUACCGGUAAUGAUGUCCAGUCACUGUUUAAUAUGUUACCUAUGGCUUCCAAUUGACCUUCCUUAG